CUCAAAACAUCCACCACGUCGUCGUCGAAAAAAACGCAAAAACGGAGUUCCGUACCAGGGGGUCCAAUUUCGCCACGCUGAUGCCGUGUUUUUUUUUCUGAACUGUGCUGACGCCGUUCCGCCGUCCGCCUGACCAGACCAAAUUUUCUCUUACCCCGGAUGGGAGGAUCCAAUCGAAUCUUGUCGUACCUCCGCCGGCUCGGGGAAUUGUUGUGCCUCGGUGAUCGGGUAACAGGGCCGCUAACCGCGCUGCGCUGCUGUGUGUGUCGUGUGAUGUACCGUUGCGUCGUCGCACCCCCUUUCUUUUCGUUGGGCUGUGGGGGAUCGCCUGUCUCUGCUCUGGUCCCAGGGGGUAGCUCAAGAUACGGAGUCGGCAGCAAUAUGGGGAUGCGAUGGGGAGUGGUGAGAUUCUCGGACCUGGAGUACUGGAGAUGCGUUGGAGCCGGAGACGGGGUGUUCGAGAAGCCAAAGGGCCAUCGGGUCGCUGCGGGAUGUUGGGGAAGCUGGACGCGGAGAGAAUCUGAGUGUAUCGUGGUCACCUCCCGAAUUGGGCGCGAUUGGUUCGUGCGUUUUUCGAGAUUCCUUCCAUGUUGCGACUGCGACUUUUGCGAUUUGAACAGGCUCAACGAGCAUUACUUCGCCAGGUGUCACUUCUUCACGCAAAAUAGGGCAUUGCAAUCACUUAUACUGCUCAGUGUUCCAGCUCGACAAUGUCAUGGACCGAGGGACUAUGAGCAGCUGUUACCGAGUCGGCUGUAGGAUAAACAGCUGCCUGGCCUCUAAUUGGCUGGGUAUUUUGGAUAAAUAGAAGCAUUUAACCGGAACGUGGUCUCGUGAGCAUUAUCGGGAGCCCAGAUCGAAGAAAAGGGAGGCAAUUUCCUUGCGAAACACAACG